AUGAUAAACAAGCCUUCGGUUAUCGCAAGAGGUGGCUUAAAAUUCAUCGUAAUGGAUGCCCCAUCUCAAGAAAACGCUGAAGAAUAUGCAGAAGAGUUGUCAGCUCAAGGAGUGGUCCAUCUAGUGAGAACUUGUGAAGGGAAGUACGAUGAUCGCAUUUUCGAGAACAAAGGCAUCAAAGUCCAUGUAAGCUCUAUUUAGGAACUUUAUUUUACUGAUGGAUCUGCUCCACCAAGAAACAAAAUUAUUGAAUGGUUAGAACUUGUAAAGACGACUUUCUUUGAAGGAGGAAGCAUUAAAAAGGUUUCGGAGAAUACCCCAAGUAUAGCUGUACACUGUCUAGCUGGCCUCGGAAGAGCACCAGUGCUAGUCGCAAUUGCUCUAAUGGAGGCGGGACUAGACCAAAACCACGCUGUCAGCUUGAUUAGGAAGAAUCGGCCAGGAGCUUUAAAUUUCUAUCAAAUACAAUUUUUGAAUGAGUAUAAACGAAUUGGCUUUUUUAACAAAUCUUGCUGUACAGUAUUUUAG